UAGACAUGUGACAUUCUUUUCUAUAAAUCUGUAUGAGAAUAGGUCGGGGUCAGUAAUCCUCACACGCCCCCCCUCAGCCUGGAUAUAAAACCUCCCCGGCCUCUCGGACGCGCGCUCCACUCUCACACCAUGUUCCUCCUGCAGCUCCUCAGCAGUUUGUUCACCGCGCUGAUCGAGGACAAGCAGAAGCCGAAAGCAGGCACCUAUGACCUCUCGCUGUUUAAGCGCGGGGAUCUCCUGGAGGUUCCCAGAACGCUCUUUACACAUUUUGGGAUCUACCUGGGCAACAACCGCGUGGCUCACCUCAUUCCUGACAUCCUGCCGCUGAUCUCCGCCGACGAGAGCGCCGUCUCCAAGAUGGUGACCAACGACCGGCUGAUUCUGGGCGUGAUCGCGAAAAAGGCCAGCGUCCGCGUGGACUCCGUGGAGGACUUUGCGUACGGAGCCGAGAUUCUGGUGAACAGCAUGGACGGGGUGUGCGGCCGGCCGCCGCUGCGGGGCGAGGAAGUGGCCGGGCGCGCGGAGAGGCUGCUGGGAUCCGUCAGCUACAGUCUGCUCUGGUUCAACUGUGAACAUUACGUCAUGUUCUGCAGAUACGGAACCAGCAUGAGUUUCCAGACCUACCAGGUGGAGAUGAGUGAGAGUAGUACAGAUGAGUGUGGAGGGAGUCAGACAGCCGUCUCCACUGAAGCUGCGCUGCUCGCCCUGAUGGAGAAGACCGGCUACAGCAUGAUCCAGGAGAACGGGCAGAGGAAGUACGGAGGUCCACCACCAGGUUGGACGGGUCCUCCUCCUCCCCGAGGCUGUGAGGUGUUUGUGGGGAAAAUCCCCAGAGAUAUGUACGAGGACGAGCUGGUGCCGUUGUUCGAGCGCGCGGGACGCAUCUAUGAGUUCCGGCUGAUGAUGGAGUUCAGCGGAGAGAACCGCGGGUACGCCUUCGUCAUGUACACCACCCGAGAAGCGGCGCAGCACUCCAUCACCCUCCUCAACAACCACGAGGUACGACCGGGGAAGUUCAUCGGCGUGUGUGUGAGUCUGGACAACUGUCGCCUCUUCAUCGGCUCCAUCCCUAAAGACAAGCAGAAGGAGGAGAUCCGAGAGGAGAUGAUGAAGGUGACAGACGGAGUGGUGGAUGUUAUCGUGUACCCCAGUGCCACCGACAAAACUAAGAACCGAGGCUUUGCGUUUGUGGAGUAUCAGUCUCACAAAGCCGCCGCCAUGGCCCGCAGGAAACUCAUCCCAGGGACGUUCCAGCUGUGGGGUCAGACUAUUCAGGUGGACUGGGCGGAGCCUGAGAGAGACGUGGACGAGGAGACGAUGCAGCAUGUGCGUGUGCUCUACGUGCGUAAUCUCAUGCUGCACACGAGCGAGGAGACUCUUCACGUGGAGUUCGGUCGUCUGAAGCCCGGCUCCGUGGAGCGCGUGAAGAAACUGACGGACUACGCCUUCAUCCACUUCUACUGCCGCGAGGACGCGCUCGCCGCUCAAAAGUCCAUGAAUGGCAAACUCAUCGAUGGCUCUCGCAUCGAGGUCACGCUCGCGAAGCCGGUCCAGAAAGAAUCGGGUCGACGAUUCAGAACCCGAGCCGCGCAAAACGGAACGCCGCCGGCGCUGUACGGCGAGUCCGACCACCACCUGAUACAGAACCACGACGACUCGGGGAUCAGCCUGGGCUCCGGAGCGAUGAGCGAUGGGUUCCCCCCUCACGCCCUCGGCCUGUCUCCUCAUCUCGGUAGCGGGUUCUCCGUCGAGCGAGACCGCUGCAUGCACCCGUUCCUUCCCGGGUCCAGUCUGGUCCCAAUCAGUCUGCAGAUCCUGAAGCCGAGUCAGUUGAGCUCCGCCGUGUCCCUUCUGGAAUAUUACUGCCAGAAGAACGGCUGGUCCCUCCCGGAGUAUUACCUGUACACCGCCGCUGUGGGCCCCUGCCCCGCCCCCGCCCAUGAAGGGAAGACCCUGCUGGUGUACAAGGUGGUGAUCAGCAGCACACACAGCAGCUUCAUGCCCAACAAGCUCUGCACCGUCCUCGAGGACGCCAAGGAGCUCGCCGCCCACAACGCGCUCUGGAACCUCGAUCUCUCGUUGUACAACACAGGUUCCCCGAGCAGUUUCUCCCCCCCCGCAGUGGCCCAGAGGGCAGGUUUGUUGUCGUUUGCGUGCCGAGCGGUACCUUACCCAGCGUAUUCGGUGGCUCCAGUCUCACCCCCGCUGUCCGUCUCCAGCACCCGGAGCUCUCGGCUCUACCUUCCCGGCGCGUCUCCUUUCUGACAAGCGACGGCGCGAGAGAUGACCUCUAGGUGUUAUUCAGUUGUGUUGUUUUUUUGUGUCUACUCAGUUUUUGUUUUGUUCCUCUGCAGGAUUUCCUGAUUGUUACAUCUGCUGUUUUCAGUGUCUCUAAAAGGCUUUUUUUCUAAAGAGCAAAAAAAAAAAAAAAACAGUAUUAUUAUUAUUAUUAAAAAUAUCAAUUAUA